CCACAAGGUGUCACUGUUGGACCUCAAAGUGUGGUCCAAUGCUCUAAGCGCCCAUUUUUCUUCUUCGUGAUUUUGUGGUAUGCUUCACUUUCUGUUCUUACCAUGCUGAGAACAAACGGACAGCGAGGGAUCCUGAAGAAUUAGGAGGGAAAUUUUAAAAUUAUCGCCACUGGAAAACAGAAUGAGACGUCAAACUGUGGAGAUGAAAGGUUCAGGAGUGAAUCAUCCCCAGAUGUUCCUCCUCCACGAGUACUGCAGCGCCACCUGGGGGAUAACAGGAGAUCCUGAUCCAGGAGGGACGGACGGUACUUGAAGUGGGAUCUUGGUCAGAUCCAGGAAUCUUUUCCAGAUGGAACUUAUUUGGAAAAUCUUAACAUUGAAGAUGGAUUCUGAUAAGAUUCCUGAAUUACUUCAGUUUACCUUUCAGUUCAGCUCUUUCUUCAAUGCAACAGACUGAACCUGAAGCCCCAUUGGGUCAGACAGAACCCAAUCUUAAAUGGAUCCUCUAUAGGGUUAAAGGUCAGGGAAAUCAAGAACUGGAUCUCUAUAAACACUGAACCAGAUUUGGUUCUUUUGGCGAUAUGGGUCAGUACCAAGUCUUGCUGGAAAAUCAAAUCAGCAUCUCCAUGCAAUUUGUCAGCAGAGGGAAUCAUGAAGCGCUCCAGAAUUUUCUGCAUAAACUGGACUUCAGGAAACCCAGUGGACCAGAACCAGGAGACGAGGUGGGACCUCAAGCUUCACUCUGGACUUCAACCAACAUGGACUCUGUGCUUCUCCGCUCUUCAGACCCUGACACCUUGAUUACAAAAUGAAAUGCAGAAUUUUCUCUCCUGUGAUGAAAGGACUAUGGACCAAAACUCAACAGUUCACUUCUUUUUCACCUUCGCCAGGUCAGUCGGAUUCUUUGGGGGCCCAGAUGAAAUCCCUCAGUUUGCUACUGCUUCUGAAUCUGUUCUUUUCUGGACAAAUUCAAGGUUCCACUGAGAUGAUCCAAAUGUUUCUGCCAACUGGAAAAGAAUCAACUAUCAGUUUACCUAUAGAUAAGCUUCCUGAAAAUUCCACGGUUUUAUGGCUUGAUCAUUUAAAUAGGACCAUAGCAAUAUAUUAUCCAAAUGGAGAAACAAAAGUGGAGCCGCCUUUUGAAGGAAAAGUGAAGAUUUCUGGACCAACAUCCCUGAUGUUUCUGAGCCCACAGAACUCAGACAGUGGAUUUUACUUUGUAAAGGUGAUAAGAGAUCAGAUUCAAACUAUAAAGUUCAACAUCACAUUUCAAGACCAAAAUACGGAUACCACAGAUGCUUCUCCUGUUUCUCCUGCUGUUUCUCCUGCUGUUCUUGCUGUUCUUGUUCUUGCCAUUAUCGCUGCUGCUGCUGCUGCUGCUGUUGUAUUAUGGCGCUAUCUAAAGAAGAAACGUCAAGACCAGAAAGGAGCUGUACUCUUCUCAGCAAACUCUGGAACAAAUUCUCCAACCGUCCGUAUCCUCCUUCCUCCUCCCCAAUGCAUUUGAACUGAACGUCACUGAUACUCAACAAAUCUCACUAUUCUGCAUCCUG